AAUUAAUGGUUUGCAGGGUGUUAAGAUCCAUGCUUCUGUUCGUCGUCAAUUGCUAUAUUUGUUUAAUUUGAAGAUUGUUGAAGGUGAUGUUUAUAAGAUGUCGUUUUUCACUGUGUGUCCAGAAUCUGGAAUUUACCGAACUACUUCACACCAAUUUAAACUUGAUUUUGAGAUCAAAACAAAAGUUCAGGCCUGUGAAGGUAAAACCAUUGAUCGGUUUGGAUUGUCCCUUUGCACCAUCGCACAGAUUUCUGCUUAUGGUCCUGCUCAUAAUUUCUUAGUUGAUGUUGUUGGUCUUAUUACUGGUAUUUCUGCUGAGAGGGAGUAUAUUCGGGAUGGUAAGGUUACUAGGAUGAUUGUGGUUGAGUUGACUGAUAGUAGUGGAAAGUGUGAGUGUGCUUUGUUUGGUGGUUAUGCUGAUGAUCUUAAAAAAAUGGUUGGGAAGGUUGAUCGUGGUUUGCCAAUUCUUGUUCUUCAAUUUGCCAAAAUUAAGAUUUUCAGGGGAAAAGUAUCUAUUCAAAAUGUUUUGAAUGCUACUAGGAUUUAUUUUAAUCCUUCAACACCAGAGGUUGUUUCUUUCAAGGAAAGUCUUGCUGUUGAUGGGCUCUUGGCUGGUGGUUUGAUUCCUAUUAUUGGCCCUCAUACUAAGGUGUCUUUUGAAGAAGAUUUUUUGAGUAAUUUUCCCAAAACUUCAAUUGUUAAGUUAGUAGGUAAGGAAGAGGAUGGUGUUUACAUUGUUGGUGGUGUUGUUGUUGGGCUGGUUGAUCCGGAAGAUUGGUGGUAUCCUUCAUGUACUUGUCAUAGAAGUGUUUCUGCUGACUCUGGUGCAUAUUACUGCAAACAGUGUGUGAAACAUGUUUUUAAGAUGGUUCCAAGGUUUAGGGUUAAGAUGAUUGUUGAUGAUGGAACUGCUCAAGCUGUGUUUGUUGUUUUUGAUGGCGAUAUGAGUAUUUUGUGUGGAAAAUCUUGCCAUGAAUUGGUUGCUUUGUCCAAGGCUGCAAAUGCUCCUUCUUAUCCUGCUGAAAUAGAUUUGGUUAAAGGGAUGAAGUUGUUGCUUAAAGUGGAGAAAAGGUCUUCUGGUAUACUUCUUUCUGAUGAUUCUUUCAGGGUGAAGAGAAUAUGCACUGAUUUGUCUAUAAUUGAUGUCUUUGAUUCAUUGAUGGGUAAUGUUCAUUCUGGUUCUGAUGAUGACCAAAAUAUUGAAGGAGAGUAUGUUGAUAAUACUCCUGUUGCUGAUUCUGCUGGUAACUUGAUUACUUUGCCCAUACCUGUUAAUCCUGUGGAAGUAAACUCUGUUGUUACUGGGGAUGUUUACCCUGAGGUUGUGAAUUUGGGCGAUGAUUCUGAUAGUGGAAUAGACUGGUUUGUUCCUGGGUGUGGUGGGUUGCAGGCUAAUAAAGUUGGUUCCAUUAAGCGGAAUCUGCUAUCUGCUUUUUCCGAUUGUGAUGACGCUCCCUCUAGCACUUUGAAGCUCACCAAGUCUUCUAAAAAUUAGGCUUCCUGAUAUGUAUUUGAAUUUGCUGAUCCUGUUCUUUGAAUAAUUGUGUUGGUUAGUUAAUUUUCAUUCCAAGUAUUGUAAUAUAAGUAUUGUUCUGAUACAUUCAGCUACCUAUGGUGCAUUUGUUUUUUGUGUUUGGUCUUGUGUUGGUUAAUUGUUAAUGUAAUGUGUAUCACGAUCAGCAGUAGCCUAUUGUAUUUGGUUAAUGUAUCUUUCCAACUUUGUAAUAUAAGAAAAUUCCCACUCUAUUUGUUGUC